GGUUCGAGUUCUACGCAAAACCAGAAACCCUGAACAGGCCCCUCACUCACCCUUCCCCCACACGGCACACCGACCAGAGUACGCCACCUCUACUCCGCCGUCUCGUCGCAGGUAGCAGGUGAAAAUCUCCGCCAUUAAUAGCGCGCCCGGGGAAGGGAUCCUCCUCGGCCGCAGACAAAACCCUCCUCCUCGUCAUCCGCGCCCGCUUUCUACUACUAGUACACCAUCUUUCUCGCCCCCGGCCGGCCAGCCCCCUCCUGGCCUCCUCCCACACUCCACUCACAAAGACAAAGGCGCCUGUGAGCGCCGCGCGAUCUCUCGUGCUUGGUGUCGUCACGACGCGUUUUAGUUUCAGUGCGUUUGUGUCGUGGUCGUGGCCUCGUGGGGGUUGGGGACGGAGAGCCAGGGAGCGCAGCAAGCGGUUCGGUGGGUGGGGGGCGGGCGGCGGCGGCCGGACCGAUGGGGAGGGCGCCGUGCUGCGACAGUACCAAGGGCCUCAAGAAGGGCCCCUGGACGCCGGAGGAGGACAAGCUCCUCGUCGACUACAUCCAGACCAACGGCCAUGGCAGCUGGCGCCUGCUUCCCAAGCUCGCAGGGCUGAACCGGUGCGGCAAGAGCUGCCGGCUGCGGUGGACCAACUACCUCCGGCCGGACAUCAAGCGCGGGCCCUUCACGCCUGAGGAGCAGAAGUCCAUCGUCCAGCUCCACGCCAUCGUCGGCAACAAGUGGUCCAUGAUCGCGGCGCAGCUCCCUGGCCGGACGGACAACGAGAUCAAGAACUACUGGAACACGCACCUCAAGAAGCAGCUGCGCCGGAUGGGCCUCGACGAGCCACCGCCAGGCCCGGCCGCCGGCAGCCCCGCCGCGCGCCACAUGGCGCAGUGGGAGACGGCUAGGCUCCAGGCCGAGGCGCGCCUCUCCCUCCUCGCCACCGCCUCCUCGUCUUCCGGCGCCACCGCGACUGCGACCACCGCCGCCGCCACCACCUCCGCGUCCUCGUCCUCCACCGUCGACUUGAAGGCCUGCUGCGCCAAACCCGCGGACAUCUUCCUGCGCCUGUGGAGCUCGGACAUCGGGGACUCCUUCCGCCGCAGCCGCAAGACGGCCGCGGCGGCGCCGGCGGUGCCCGCGCUUCUUCCUCCGGCGCCUGUCGUCGUCAAGAGGAAGCAGGACGCGAUGAUGAUCAAGCAGGAGGCGCAGGCGCCGCUGCUCGGUCCCGUCGGGGACGACUCCUCGGCGGCGUCCAACGAGACGGAGGUGGCGGAGGCGCUGGAGGAGUACCAGAUGUUCCUCGACUUCGCCGGCGAAGAGCUGGGACUGUUCCACGGCCGGCACGGCGGCUUCUCGCUGUUCCCGCCGCUCGACGUGCUCGCCGAGGCGUCCCUGGACACGGCGUUCAAGUGAAAGACGUACCGAGCACCACGUACUACGUACACGUACGGUACACAUACGUACGGCAAGCGGCAGUCGCCAUGCAUCUACGGCGAGCUAUACGCCUCUACAUGCGCGCAUGUAUUGUGUAUAUAUGCAUGUCUCGCGUACAGCGGGCUGGCGCGCGCGCAUACGUACGUGGUUCUCCGUGUGACACCAGGAUUUUUUUUGGGUUAGGGCAGCAGGUGCGUGAUUUAGCUUGUUAACCGGGGUAGAUUUUGGUAGGACAUCAUGGUGUAUUAUUGCCUGUAUGGGGAUUCUCUGUUCACUGGAGAUGCUCUAAUACAUCAAGUGAUGUUCUUCAAUCUUUGUUUCAAACAAAAUUGUUAUUCAAUCUACAUUCUGGGAUUGCCUUUCGUACUGGAAACAUACUCCUGGUUUUUAGAGCGGGCCAAUCCAUCUAUGAGCUUUGGGCUACCA